UCAAAAGAGAAUCUCAUUCCCUCUGAACACGGUGUUUUCAUUCAAGGGGGUACCCCUGAUUUUUUUUCAUUCCAUUCAAGCGCUAUUACACAUCUUCCCAUUUUGCCCCUAGAAUAUAUCAUGAACGCAGAAAAAUCAGCUAGAUAUCAAUCGAUUUCCCUCCAAAUCUGAAACAAAUUAGCAACCAAAAUCUCCAAAAUCACAUAAAAUCAGCCACGUAUGGCAGCAUAUCGUCUCUAUAUAGGGCUUCAUUCGACCAUUCUUAUUACUGGUAAUCCCCUUUUUAAGAUUUCUUUCAAGUUGAUCUGAAGUUAUACUCAUCAAGAAACGUCAUUUGUGAAGGUUAGCAUCUCUCUGCAUUUAUUUUUGUUUAUCUAAUUUCUAUUCUAUUCAUUGCGUGUUCUUCUUUCUGUGUACCAAUGAUAUCAUAUAAUCAGAGCUGUAAAUUAUUGUUUGUUUGCUGUAUAAAUAUGAUAAGAAAACUUAAUUUUUGUAUAAGAGGGAUGAACAUAUGUUGUGUAUAUGGUAAGCCCCCAUCCUUGUUCGUCUAUCAAAGGAGGACCAAGAAAGGAAAAAAGAAUCAGGAACCAUGAAGUUGUACGUAGCUGGAAUUGAUUGGUGGAGUAUGGGUAGUUUGUCUUUUCUUUAGGGUUCGUUUCUGGAGUGUUCAAGCCUGAGUUGGGGGUUUCGUUGCUCUUUCCUCGGUUUAGUUUCUCCACCUUUCCCACCACUAAAUCCAAUUUCCUUAUCACAUCAUUUUGCAUCAGCUUGUUGUCUUCAAUAGCCCUAGCUUGUUGUUGGUUCACAAUCUUCUGUUGUUGCUGUUAUUGUUCAUUUGAAAUUCUUCCCAGGGUUAAUAAAUAUUUUGCCAAUUCUUGUUGGGUUUUUGGUUAAAAAUAUAAAUUAACUACCCAUAAUAAUGAAAAGAUAGCAAUACUGAUUGCAAAAUAAGAUAAGGAAAACUUUUUGAAAUCAUCAUCCUACCUUGUUACUCAAAAAACUUCGUUCACAAAGUAUUAAUACAAAAAUUAAUUAACCUAAACUAAAAGAUAAAUGGAUUACAUAAAUGUAAUAUAUAAAGAUUCAAAAUUAAAAUAGAGAAAUUAGAAGGAGAAGAAACAAAUAAAAAAAAUGGAUUUUGCCCCUUUGUGGUCCGUCACUUCCUCUCUUCUUCCGGCGUGUGAAUGUGAUGCCCCUCUUUCUUUUCUUUUUCUAUUUGACAUGUUUUCCCAGCCAUACUACAACACCAACAAAUGGGUUUUUCACUUGCAAAUUGGGUUGAUUAAAUAAAAUGUGAAUUUGUCCCCUUUUCUUCUCCUAAUUUCUUUCCCUCUAUUUUCUUUCCUGCCCCAUAAAAGAUCUAAUGGGCCUGAAUUUAAUUUUAGUGUGGGAUGCAUUGAAAUCCAUAAAUGGGCUAAAAAAUUAGGCUGUUCGACAAUGUCCGGGUGUUCAUGACGCUAGAAACUGGACCAAAUAUCGUCCAAAUCUACUUAUUUUAUAUGCUUUCAAUAUUUCAUUAUUUUACAAAGAUUUACUACUAUUGCAGUUAUGGAUUGCCUUAAAAUGAAUAGACAAAAAAGAACAAAGAAACUUGCUGCAUUUAGUACAUUGUGGAUUGAGAUAAUCAGUUUGGUAAAUUGGUAUUUUCAACUAGUGAGUAUUAUUAUUGCCAUACAUAUAUUUAUGUGUCCAACUAGACCUCGCUACAAGAUGUUAUGCCUAGAGAGAAAACAAUAUAUGCAAAGAUUAGUGUACGAAAGUGAUGAGACUUGUACACAACAAUUAAGAAUGAAUAGGGUAACGUUUGUUAAGCUUUGUCGUAUGGUUGAGAUUGAUGGCAAGUUAAAGGCCUCUAGGUAUCUCCAAAUUGAUGAACAAGUGGCAAUAUUUUUGUAUGUUUUGGCCCACCAUGUGAAAAAUCGUGUGGCGAAGUUUCAGUUUCGUAGAUCAGGAGAGACAAUUAGUAAACAUUUCAAUAAUGUACUCAAUGUUGUUAUUCGGUUGGAAAAAGAAUUGUUUAAGAAACCCGAGCCUAUAUCAGAAACUUCAACUGAUGAAAGAUGGAAAUGGUUCAAGGGAUGUUUAGGAGCAAUAGAUGGGACACACAUAAGUGUACAUGUACCAGAGGCAGACAAACCUAGAUAUAGAAAUCAAAAAGGCGAAAUUACAACGAAUGUACUUGCUGCUUGCACUCCUGAUAUGCAAUUCAUUUAUGUAUUACCAGGCUGGGAAGGAUCUGCUGCAGAUGGUAGAAUACUACGUAGUGCAAUGCUUCGAGAAAAUGGGUUACAAGUUAGUAAAGGCAACUAUUAUCUUGUUGAUGUCGGGUACACGAAUGGAGAAGGAUUCCUCGCAUCAUUUAGAGGUCAAAGAUAUCAUUUGAAUACUUGGUUGAAUGGUCAUCGUACAGAAAAGGCAGAGGAAUAUUUUAACAUGAAGCACUCGGCUGCAAGGAAUGUCAUAGAACGUUGCUUUGGUGUAUUAAAAAAAGAUGGGCUAUACUUAGAAGUCCAUCAUUUUAUCCCAUUCGAACACAAAAUAAAAUUAUCCUUUCUUGUUGCCUUCUACAUAACUUUAAACGAAAGGAAUUACCAUAUGAUCCACUUGACGAUGAGGACAUUAUUGACACAAACAACGAUGAGGAGGAUACAGAUCUUGGAUCACAAGUCGAGCACAUAACAACUAUUGGAACAUCGAAUGAAUGGACGAAUUUUAGAGAAAACUUGGCUAACUCAAUGUUUAAUUCUUGUAGAUCUAGGCAUAACUGAUUUCUUAUUGUUGUA